UAUAAGGAUAAUAACCGAUGAAAUUAAGAACUCUCUAUUUAUAAGGGUUGCCCCAAAUUUAAAUCAUGUAUAUAUACACACUUUGUCCCAACAGAUUUUACAAACAAAGAUUUAUAUUCGGCCGGUCUUAUUGACAAGGCCGAACCAUUGCAAAUCAAAAGAAGGCUAGAGCUAUUGAUUAAUUAACAUGAGUAAGUCAUUGGAGGUGGAGAUAAUGGGCACCACAGAAAUCAUCAAACCAUCUUCUCCAACUCCCGAUCAUCUAAGAAACUUUAACCUCUCCCUUCUUGAUCAAAUUGUUCCUGUGGAAUAUACAGCUGUAGUUCUUUUCUACACGGGGAAUGGUGACGCCAAUGCUGCAAAAAAAUCUCAACGUUUAAAGACUUCAUUAUCGCAAACUCUCUCGAGCUUUUAUCCAUAUGCCGGGAUAAUUAAAGACCAUAAAUUGGUGGAAUGUAAUGACAAUGGAGUUGUAUACAUUGAAGCUUAUGCCAAUUGUUAUUUAUCUGAUAUUCUUCAUCAACCUGAUCAAAAGCUGCUAAGAAAAUUCCUUCCGAUUGAGAUUGAAUCUCCAAAAGCAGGCACGGGUCCACUACUUCUUGUUCAAGCAACAUUUUUCAAAUGUGGCGGAGUUGCACUUGGAUAUUGCCUGUCACACAAAAUCGGAGAUGGAAAUACAACAGGCAUGUUCAUCACUAGCUGGGCUGCAAAUUCUCUCGGGUCUAAUAAGGCAGUGAUUCCUAAAUUCAUUGCAACUUCUGGCCUUUUCCCACCAGAUGAUUCAUUGGCUCCUUACAUGGAUGUGAUUGGUUCUAAUUAUGUAACCAAGAGGUUUGCUCUUUACGAAUCAAAGAUUGCUGUGCUUAGGGCUAAAGCUUCUAGUGCAAACGUCCCCAAACCAACCCGUGUAGAAUCUGUGACAGCACUCAUUUGGAAAUGUGUAACCACUGCCGCUAGGUCGAACCGAGGAUUUCCAAGGGUAUCUUCAACAGUACACUCCAUGAAUUUACGAAAGAUGGUUGUGCCGCCAUUGCCAGAUUACGCUGCAGGUAAUAUUAUAGGGGACUUUCCAGCUGAGACGAAAGAGAAGAAGCUAGAUUUACCGGACUUGGUUUCGAAAUUAAGGAAAGGUAAGGAAGAAUUUUGUAAAAAUGGUCUGAAAAUUCUUCUAACGAAUAAGAGUUUAACGAAACCUGAAGAGUUAUGUAACGCGGUCGAAAACGAAGAUAUAGAUUUCUAUAUGUUCUCAGACCUGAGUAGAUUUCAGGUAUACGAAUCAGAUUAUGGAUGGGGAACACCAAUAUGGGUGAGUAUUCCUAAUUAUAUGCAUAACUUAGUUAUGUUCGUGUCCACGAGAGAUGGCCUAGGAUUAGAAGCGUUUGUGACUUUGUGCGAAGAAGACAUGGCAUUAUUUGAACGUGACCCAGAGUUACUUGCAUUUGCAGAUUUUAAUCCAAGUGUCUUGGAAGCACCGAGUCACCUAGGGUUGGUUUCACGGGCGUCUCUUCUUGGCACUGGACAGCCGGCGUGGUUCACUCCAGCAGAUUGGGGAUUUGCGGCGGCUUUUCGACUGAGUGAUGGAUUUGAGCGACAAGAGGAUUUCCACGAUUUGUUUGGAAGGAACGGUGGCGUCGAUCUUGGUUCGCAGUGUCAGCUCUGUCGGUGUGGAACUUUGGUUCUCUUCUCGGUGGCAAUUGAUCUUCGAAGGUACGGAACGGCUACAGAUUGA